AUGUCCAGCUGCAAAACGCCGCUUUCUUUGAGCAUCAAAAUUGACCAGCCAAAAAUUCCACUGGGUAAAUCUGCUGCUUUUGUUCUAAACCUACCCAAGAAUUCACCAGUUAUGUUGAGAAAAAUUGUUAAACAAGCUACUUCAAAAUCCCGAACAAAGCUUUCUCUCAACCCCAAAUCCUUUUCUCGCACCUGCAGCUUUCUUGGAUUCUCCCAAGAUUCAACUUGUCCUGAGAAAUUCAAGUGUAGACCCCUGUUUGAGCUUAAUUCUACCUCCAAUUUUAGUUACGCUGAAAUGGGUCUUCGGAAAUUUGGCGAAGUUUUUACGCGGGACGAAGUUGUGGGCAGACCCAUUUUGAGCGGUGUGAGAAGCCAAGUCAAUGCUUAUGGAUUGGGCCCAAAAAGUUAUGCCUCUGUAGCCGAGGCUGUAGCAGUAUCACCCACUGAUGUGGAGGAAGAUUAUAAUGAUUAUAAUGUUUCUGUGGCUGACGAGGUUCAAGAAUUGUUAUCUGAGGUGAAAAAAGAGGACAGGAAACAGUAUUGUAAGCGAUGGAGGCAGCAGAGCGUUCAUGGAAUGGGGAAACAGAAGUACCAAGCGCUUAGGAGGAGGCAGGCUAGGAUCGAGACUGAAGCAUGGGAGCAAGCGGCUAAAGAGUAUAAGGAGCUUUUAAUGGAUAUGUGUGAGAAGAAAUUGGCUCCCAAUUUGCCUUAUAUGAAGUCUUUAUUUUUGGGAUGGUUUGGGCCAUUGUGCGAGAAGAUUGCUGCAGAGCAGGAGUUGAUUCGGAAAGGGAAGAGUAAGGCGGGCUAUGCCAAGUACUUUGAUCACUUGCCAGCUGACAUGAUGUCUAUUAUCACCAUGCAUAAGCUCAUGGGAUUGUUGAUGACUGGAGGUGAGCAUGGGUGUGCAAGGGUAGUGCAGGCUGCUUGCAUGAUAGGCGAUGCAAUUGAGCAAGAGGUUAGAAUUCAUAAAUUCUUGAAGAAAACAGAGAGGCAAAAAGUUAAAGAGACAAAACAGGAAGGUGGUGGAUCUGAUGGCAAUACCCAAGAACAAGAAAAAUUACGAAAGUCGGUUAAUAAUUUGAUGAAAAAACAAAAGCUGCGAGCAGUGAGGCAACUAGUUAAAGGACAGGAUGACUCAAAACCAUGGGGGACUGAUGCUAAAGCAAAGGUUGGCAGCCGACUCAUUGAAUUGCUGCUUCAAACAGCCUAUAUACAGCCUCCAGUCGAUCAGUUAGCAGACAGUCCACCUGAUAUUCGACCUGCAUUUAUACACGCUUGUAUAACUGUACGGAAAGAAACAAAAAACUUUAGCAGAAGAUAUGGUGUUAUCCAAUGUGACCCACUUAUUAUCAAAGGCCUUGAAAGAACUGCCAGGCACAUGGUCAUCCCCUAUAUGCCAAUGUUAGUGCCUCCAGUCAAGUGGACCGGUUAUGACAGGGGUGCACACUUAUAUUUGCCUUCAUAUGUCAUGCGCACACAUGGAGCAAGACAACAAAGUGAAGCAGUUAAGAGGGCCCCUAGGAAACAGUUAGAACCGGUCUUUGAGGCUUUGGAUACCCUUGGAAGCACCAAAUGGAGAGUGAAUAAGAGAGUUCUUGGGGUCAUUGACCGAAUAUGGGCUAGUGGAGGUCGCCUUGGGGACUUGGUUGACCGGAAUGAUAUCCAUUUGCCAGAGCAGCCAGAUACAGAAGAUGAAGCAUUACUCAAGAAAUGGAAGUGGAAAGUUAAAUCUAUCAAGAAAGAGAACAGAGAGAGGCAUUCACAACGAUGCGAUAUAGAGCUCAAACUUGCUGUUGCACGGAGAAUGAAGGAGGAAGAAGGUUUCUUUUACCCACACAACCUUGAUUUCCGGGGCCGGGCAUACCCCAUGCAUCCACAUUUAAACCAUCUGGGAUCCGAUAUCUGUAGGGGAAUCCUGGAAUUUGCGGAGGGGCGACCGCUUGGGAAAUUAGGCUUGCACUGGCUUAAGAUACACCUGGCAAAUCUAUUUGCCAAUGGUGUGGAUAAAUUAUCUCAUGAGGGUCGAAUAUCUUUUGCUGAGAAUCACUUGGAUGAUAUAUUUGAUUCAGCAGACAGGCCACUUGAAGGGAAGUGCUGGUGGUUGAAAGCAGAAGAUCCUUUUCAGUGUUUGGCCACAUGCAUUAAUCUUUCUGAAGCCUUGAGAAGUCCAUCUCCAGAGACAACAAUUUCGCAUAUCCCUGUGCAUCAGGAUGGUUCCUGCAAUGGUUUACAGCACUAUGCUGCCCUUGGGAGAGAUAAGUUGGGAGCAGCGACUGUUAAUUUGGUUGCUGGAGAAAAACCUGGUGAUGUUUACUCAGGAAUAGCAACCAGAGUUCUUGAGAUUAUGAAGAGCGAUGCACUGAAGGAUCCUGCAGUAUUUCCUGAUGCUUUGCGUGCAAGAGCUUUAAUCAGUCAGGUAGACAGGAAGUUGGUGAAACAGACAGUGAUGACAUCUGUGUAUGGUGUCACUUAUGUUGGGGCUCGAGAUCAGAUAAAGAGAAGAUUAAAGGAACGUGAUGCCAUUGCAGAUGAUACAGAGCUCUUUAGUGCAGCUUGUUAUGCAGCAAAAACUACCUUAACUGCACUAGGGCAGAUGUUUGAAGCUGCACGAAGCAUCAUGAGCUGGCUUGGAGACUGUGCUAAGAUAAUUGCAUCUGAAAACCAGCCAGUUCAGUGGACAACUCCACUUGGACUCCCUGUUGUCCAACCUUACCGGAAAGUAGGAAGGCAUCUUGUUAAGACUUCUCUUCAGGUUUUGACACUGCAGCGUGAAACAGAUAAGAUAAUGGUCAAGAGGCAGAGGACAGCUUUUCCACCAAAUUUUGUUCAUUCCCUGGAUGGUUCACAUAUGAUGAUGACUGCAGUUGCAUGCAAAAAAGCAGGCUUGAAUUUUGCAGGAGUUCAUGAUUCAUACUGGACACAUGCAUGUGAUGUGGAUAAAAUGAACAGGAUAUUGAGAGAGAAGUUCGUUGAACUAUACGAAACACCCAUUCUAGAGAAUUUGUUGAAGAGUUUUGAAGAGUCCUUCCCUUCAUUGUCUUUCCCUCCCUUGCCAGAACGGGGGGACUUCGAUCUGAGAGAUGUUUUGGAGUCUCCCUAUUUCUUCAACUAA